UGCUCUGAGUGUGGUAAAAGAUUUACCCACAAGGGCGAUCUAAACAGACAUAUGAGGAUUCAUACAGGAGAGAAAUCGUUUAGUUGCUCUGAGUGUGGUAAAAGAUUUACCCUCAAGUGCAGUCUAAAUAGACAUAUGAGGAUUCAUACAGGAGAGAAACCGUUUAGCUGCUCUGAGUGUGGUAAACGAUUUAACGAUAGGGGCAAUCUAAAUAAACAUAUGAGGAUUCAUAAAGGAGAGAAACCAUUUAGUUGCUCUGAGUGUGGUAAAAGAUUUAACCAAAAGGGCAAUCUAAAUAAACAUAUGAUGAUUCAUACUAAAGAGAAACCAUUUGUUUGCUCUGAGUGUGGUAAAAUAUUUAACCAAAAGGGCCAUCUUAAUAUACAUAUGAGGAUUCAUACUGGAGAGAAGCCAUUUAGUUGCUCUGAGUGUGGUAAAACAUUUAACCAUAGGAGCAAUCUAAAUAGACAUAUGAGGAUUCAUACAGGAGAGAAGCCAUUUAGUUGCUCUGAGUGUGGUAAAACAUUUAACCAUAGGAGCAAUCUAAAUAAACAUAUGAGGAUUCAUACAAAAGAGAAACCGUGUAGUUGA